AUGGAAGAAACUAAGCUAACACAAGAUGAAAUCAGUCUUUAUGAUAGACAAAUUCGUCUUUGGGGAAUGGAGGCACAAACCAAUCUCAGGAACUCGAAUAUCUUAGUUAUAAAUUUAACUGGGGUUGGGGUAGAGAUAGUGAAAAAUUUGACCCUUGGAGGUGUUGGAUCCUUAACCUUAAUGGAUUCGAGCACCUUGAAGGAGCAAGAGUUGAAUAGCAAUUUUUUUGUGGACAAAAGUCAGAUCGGGAUGCUGAAAGUUGACGCAUCAAAGAACAGGAUACAAGAUAUGAAUCCCAGAGUACAGUUUAAAUCAGAUUCAAGAGAUUGGGAAGAUUUAGGGGAGGAAGAAUUUUGCAAAUAUCAGUUGAUUGUUUGUACAGGACUAAACUCGAGUCAAGUUUCAAAGUUAAACAAGAUAAGCAGGAAGAUAAGUAUACCAUUGAUUGCCUGCUGUGUUCAUGGAAUGUAUGGGCUGAUUUUCAACGAUUUGAUCAAAUGUCAGAGCUGGAUCAAAUUAGAGAAAUCGGCCUUACGGGAAGUUGGAGAUAUUGACAUGGUGAGCAAGAUUCUGGCACUAGAAGAAGUUACCGAAAACGAUGUUGAGUUACAGAAGGUUCUUGUGGAAAACGAAUAUCGAAGUUGGGAUGAAUUGAGUGGUAGGUUUUUGGAUGCGCAAUUGCCGACGGACAAGAAGAAAAAGAAGAGGGUGAACCCUGCCUUGGUCUCGUUGUUGGCCUUGUUAGAACUGCCUGGGACGUACUUGAAUAAGGAUAUAGAGGAUGUGGUCAUUGAGAGAGAUUUAUUGGAUGCCAAAAUUGGCAAGGUUCUAGAAAAAUACAAUCUACCUAGUAGUAUACAGAUGGACGACACGAGUCUUGAGCGGUUCAUCAAAAAUGCGUACUGCGAGUAUCAACCGACGAAUGCGAUUGUGGGGGGUGUUGUUUCGCAGGAUAUAAUUAACAUGCUUGUGCAUAAGGAGGUUCCUAUAAACAAUGUGAGUGUUAUUGACGGGUUUAACUGUGAGAUGCCUGUGUACAAUUUGUGA